CGAAGUUGUUCUCCCUAUUUCUGAUACUACACUUUCUUUCUUCUUCUGGCCGAUUGAAGGUUGUUGCCACCGGGAAAUCUAACAUGGCAGAAGCGGUUAUUUCAGGAGUUGUCCCAAAACUUGCUGGUAUAGCAGGUAAUCUAAUAGAAAAAGAAGGCUCUCGCUUGUCUAAGUUGGAAAAAAACAUUCUCUGGAUUAGAGAUGAGAUGAGGUGCAUUCGAUGUUUCCUGGAAGAUGCUGAUGCGGAAGAGUCAAAAAGAACGGGAUUGGCUGACUUAAUCAGGAGCAUUUGGGGUCUUGCUUACCAUUUGGAGGAUAUCACGGAAGCGUACUUCCCUAAGCUAUUACCACUUACAACGAAUGACUGGAAGGGGUGUCUUUCUUGGUUUUUGAGAGCCAAAACUAUUCGUGACUUUGCAAUCAAGAUUGAAGAAAUAAGAGAAAGGGUUGACGAUAUCAAUCGCAGGAAACAGACUUAUCUAGUCCCAGAUGCUGGAAGAGAGGUUCGGGAUCCAAGAAUUUUUCUUCACAUUGACGAAGUAAAUGUUGUUGGUAUGGACGAACACAUUCAGGAAUUGGUGGCCGAACUGUUGGAUCAAGAUUCAAGGCAUCGUGUGAUCUUAAUUACAGGCAUGGCCGGUGUAGGCAAGACAACACUGGCCAAAAAGGUAUAUAAGUCUGUUCAAGAAAGAUUUCAGUGUGCAGCUUGGAUUUCUGUCUUUCAACAGCCAAACCCAAAUAAACUUUUCUAUGAUAUAGCAAGACAAGUUGGCUUGACGGAGGAGGGGUGUAACCACAACUUAGUUGGGAAAUUAUUCCAGAUUUUAAGCCAAAACAGGUAUGUGAUAGUAAUUGAUGAUAUAUGGAAGAUUGAACCAUUGAAUGCUUUAAAAAAUGUCAUUCCUGUUACUUCCAUGAAUGGCAGUAGAAUAAUCAUCACUUCCCGACACAAAUAUAUAGGUAGAAAUUUUGGACAGCAAUAUUUUUCACAUGAAUUGCAACCCUUAGACCAAGAAAUGAGUAGAAAGCUCUUCGAAAUGGUUGUGGGUGACCCACAAGACAAUGAUGAAGAUGGUGAUCCCUCACGAUUGAAAAACAUUGGUGAGAAAAUACUAAAGAGAUGUGGCGGUGUGCCGCUUGCCAUUGUAGGUAGAGCACAGUUGUUAUCAGGAAAGACAAGCAUACUAGCAUGGAGAGAGGUAUUAAAGAAUAUAGGUAAAGAUGAAGACAAAUGUUUAAAUAUCUUUGCUUUGAGCUACAAGGAUUUACCUUCAAAGUUGAAACCAUGUUUUUUAUACUUUGGACUAUUUCCAAAGGAUCACAAAAUUUCUGCAUUCAAAUUAAUCAAUUUAUGGGCAGCUGAAGGAUUUAUGCAUGACAGUGGAGAAACGACGGUUGAGGAUGUGGGACAAGAUUUCCUAAAUCAGUUAAUUGAUAGAAACCUAAUUCAAGUUGUCGAGAGCGGGUUCAACGGGACAACUAGACUUUGUCGUAUUCAUGAUAUCUUUCAUGACCUUUGCUUUAGGAAGGCCACGGGGAUCUUUUUUAACACUCUCGAUGUUGUAGCCACUAGGGCAGAUUGCCCUGCACCACGCAGACUCACUGCCUAUCAAAAUGAUGCUGGCAACUUUGUUUUUCCAAAUUAUCGAACUCCAGAUCUUCGGGUUUUGUUAUAUUUCGAUGAUUUGACAAGAGAUAGUGGGAAGCAGGUUCUGCAUCAUCUUAGAAGCUUCAAAUCUCUUCAGGUGCUAGUAAUAAAGUGCUUCACUACUCCGCUGAGGGAUGUUAUGAAUGAAAUUGUGAAGUUAAUACACCUGCAUCACCUUGAAUUGGGAGGGUGUAUUGUGGAGCUUCCUUUCGCCAUAAGCAAUUUAAAAAAUUUGCUGACUUUGGAUCUACAUGAAUGCCUUGAACUCAUCCUCCCUAAUGUCAUCUGGAAAAUGAAGCAACUAAGACAUAUUCUAUUACCUCCUAAAUGUUCGGCUCCUUCAGUCUGUGGGUUCAACUUGGAUAUCCAUUGGUUCCGUCCAUCUGAAGUUUAUUUACCAGACCUGCAGAGCCUCUAUGGAUUGCCUGUCAAACUUUUUGAGGUCAAUUGGUUGCACAAACUUGUUAGUUUGAGAAGACUGAAAGUCUAUUUUACAACUGAGCAUAUCAUUUUGGUAUUGUCAAGUGCAAACUCCCUGUCACAGAGGCUAGAAGAAUUGCAUUUAUUAUCGCUAUACGAUACAGAAGAUACUUAUAUGGCACAGGGAUUAUCUACUGAAUUUAGAUCAACAUUGGAUCUGUCUACAUAUGUAAACCUUAAGUUACUCGUGUGCCGGAGCCGCAUGGUGGACUUUCCACGACAUGAUAAACUGCCAACGUGCCUCAAAGAGCUUAUCCUUGAGUUCACUAUGCUGACAAUGGACCCAAUGGUGACUUUGAAGAAACUACCUAGACUUAAGAUCCUUAUACUUGGACUUGAUUCAUACUUUGGGAGCGAGAUGGCAUGCUCUGGAGAAGCUGACAGCUUUCCUAAACUCAAAGUGUUAAAAAUUAAUUCAAGACAUCUGGAGGAGUUUGUAGUUGAGGAAGGAGCAAUGCCCGAACUCAAGGAACUUACCCUCACUCGCAGCAUACCGAAACUGGGAGUUUCAGAUAGAAUUAGAAAUAUAAUCUUGAUUGACCCAAACAUACAAGACGACUUCGUGUAUACAAGUUAGAUACGCGGUGAUCCGUGACUUCAUUUUUGAAGGUGAAAGCACCAUCUGAAGGAUGAAUACAUGGGCUCUUGAUCUUCAAGACUGCUUGCUCCUCAAUCUAUUCUUGCGACAUGAUGUCUUUCGGUUGAUUGUUCUCAUGAGAAGGAAUGGUACCCGCUUUGUGAUUUGGUAUCUUGGUUGUUGUAUUACCCUGAGAUGUCUGAAUUUAUCAGUGGCUUUGAUGGAUGUUCAAUAAAUUUACAUAUACUGCUACCUUCGAACUCGUCAAUAGUCAAUCAGCUGAUUAGUUCUGUAUCCAUAAUUUAAAAAAAAAAUGCAAAAUAUUGAUUGCAACGCUC